CAUGAAGUUUUAGGGAGAGAGGGUCUUUCUGGGCACCUCGAGUCGCCUGUUUGCUGUGUCCUUCCAGUGCCAAUUCUUCACCAUCACCCGACGACUCCGAUCGCCCAAGGCCAAUUGCGUGCCUUCUGCAGCGCGCCGAGCAACUGCGAACCUGCGAACCUGCGACGAUUCGAUUGAGGAGAAAUUAGUUUUAAAAAGAUAAAAAAAAAAAGACAAAUAAGGUUAAAAAAAAACCCAGUACAAUUUCAUCAACGGGUCCGCACGCAUCACGACGAGGUAGCCAGACGAUACCGCCGCAAUUGAUCCGAAUCGAAACCCGAUUUUGUUGCCAACAGUCAACGCCAAGCAUUGUCGACCACGCCGGCAACGAGGAGGGGAAAAGGAAUGACGGCCGCAUAGGCAUUGGGAAAACCCAUAGGUGUAGUCAUGGCCACGGCCGUGGGAAACCUUGCGACCGCCAUCGCCGCGUCGUCAUUCACUCCCAGCGCCGGCCUCGCUCUGCCCUCGGAAUCCAUCCGCGCCGGCCUUGGGCACAAUUCGACAGUCGAACAGGAUUCCGCAUCAAACUCGGCUCCAGCGUCUCCAGCAUCAUCUUUCGAGCCAGUGUCUCUGCGUUUCGUCCCGUCGAACUCGACGAUCAAUUCAAACCUCAAAAAGGACAAUUAUGGCGUCCUCAGGGCAUAUCCUCAACCAUUCACCCGCGCCAUCAACCAGAUACGGGACAUUUCCACCCACAUCACCACAGACUGGGCACAUGCCGACUUGAGCAACUACUCGAACCUGCCACCAAAUACCCCACCCCGUGGGAGGAUUCCAGUCGACCAGCCGACAUGCUUCGUCGUACGCUCCGGCAGUGUGACAGAGUCAAAUACGGAACCGAGGACGUUCAACUGCACGCAAGCCUGUUAUGAUCCUAGGUUGCUCUUCGAGCCGACAACAUUGGCGACAUGCAUGCAACUGGCGACUGCAUCCCUUUGGAUUGCGGACAACAAGACCAAAAUGGAUCCCAAAGACGUGUACUCGCGCAAGUUAGCCGAGUCGCUUUCCUUCAGUAACGACCUUACGGACUUCAACGGCUCCUCUGUUGUACAAAGCAUGGUACAAUGCUCAGUUGCCGCGUGUCGUAACAAGGGCAAAGGGGCAUGUAGCGAUGAAAUCAUGAACCUUAAAGACAUCACGGUCCGAACAGACAACCUCCUGCAGAUUGCCACCGCGCUGUCUGGUUAUUGCGACCAUGCAGACAGUGUGGUUAACGAGGACAUCGCUGGGCCUGGUGUGCUUAUGGCGUACAUCUUCCAGACGGGAAUCGCUAUGCUGUUUUUCGGUCUCGCCAAGCUGCUGAGCUCGGUGAUGCGUCCCAUUUUCUACACCAAGGCGUGGAUCAACAAGGACACGAGAAAAAACGCAUUAAAGAUGUCGAGGGAGAUGCAAAGAACCCUUUCACUAACGCGAGGCAACGCGGCUGUGAUAAGCUCCAUGAUCGAGUUCCAGGAAGUGCAGGGCUUUUUUGUUGCCGCCAUACAGGUGGCUACGUUGGUUACCUUCAGGUCGACGGAUGGUCCGGAUCUAGGCUCAGUCACAUCGUUGGGAUCCAUUCUUUUCAACUCGGGCCUUGUUCAAGUGCUAGCAGUCUCCGGCGUGCUACCGGUUCUGCUGGUUCAAUGUUGUCUUCAACGUUCCGGCAUGCGAUGGUGGUACACCUUGGCGAUAUCGUCCAUCGUUUUCAUCCUCGGCAUGACGGUCGACAUCCGUGGUGGUUAUAUGCUGCCAGCGUUUCAACGCGUCUUUGAUCAUUUUCGCCAGACCCAAGGAGUGUCGGAGUGUGGCGGCAACCCCAGCCCUCUUGUUUACUGCACCGGCGACCUUAGGUUUGCGGUCGCAGACGAUCUCGGCCAGAACAUUUCAUACUGGGUCUAUCCAUCUCUACUCCUCGAGCAAGUCAGCUGGUGGGCUUGGAGACGGUAUGCCAUGGAGAUCAAGGCCCGCCGCUGGGAGAAGCGCAGGCCUUGGGCGCGCCUUUUCCGGCGAAGGCUAUGGCCUGGAAUCUGGUUCCUCUACUGGGUUGCAUUGCAGGUUGUGCUGGUGGUGUUCACUGCCAUGUACUUCUAUAACAUAUUCCUGCUUGUGGCCGAAACGACCCUCCUUAACGAUCAGAGGUGGACCUAUGGACAGUUGGUUGCCCUUAUGGUAUGGGCACCAAUUCUGGGGAAGUAUAUAUACUUCAACAUCUUUGGCAUCGAGGAAGGAUUUAGUAGACGACUUGCAAAGCACUAUAAAGUAAUCCAUCAGGACUAUCCAGAUACCGAAGACGAGGAAGUACACGAAUCAGACGACGACGACGACAACUUGGAGCAGGGAAUAGAGCUCAAAGUCACACCUCAACAGUCGUCCACGACUCUACCGGGCGUACCUUCGCCCACAGGGACUACUCCCGGCAGAGAUUUUGACGUGGCCUCAAGGCCACCAAGCGAACGAUCCAUGAGCUCGCGCCAUUCGAUGAGAUCGAUAAGAUCUCAUCCAAUUCCCAGUCCUCUAGGUCCCCCAACUGGGUCCACCGCAGUGGCAACACCCACGACAUCAGCACCGCCAGGGACCGUGUCAGAAGACUCUGACAGGAAUCAUCCUUUCUUGGAAGGCUUCGGGCAGGACAACAUCACCAUGGUUGGCGGUAUACCAAUGAUUGUAGAAGAUCACGCCCCGUUCGAUCGACCGCGGGGAGAUGUUUGAGAACAUUUCUUUCAACAAAUUUAUAAUCGCAUCAUUAAUCUACUUUCGAGCACCUUUAUACACACGAUAGGACACAGAGUCCAUGUCUUAACUCAAUAUUUUCCAAUACGUCUCGCUGAAAGAGAGAUACGAUAGGCAAAUUCGCCAUCGAAUAUCCCUACCCGGUCUGGAAUCUCGACAGUGAAGCCCUGAGCACACUGAUAGGCCAUUGGUCUCUGCUCAUUACAGCAAGAAGACAGGCCCACGAGCGAUACAUGCAUAAGACCCUAAUUGGGCUGUCGGCCGGCUUCUUACCACCCACAGGGCAGAUUCGAUACUGACUUACAAGGUCAUCAGGCCUGUCUGAUCAUGGCGAUCUAGUCAAUUUCUUUGACGGCAGCGUUGCUGUACAACUAUAUAAAUGCGAAUGCAAAAAAACCCGACUGCAUUAGCUCGAGUCCUCAGCUGGAGAUGAACCCCCGUCCCACAUCACGGUAUAUGGGGUUAGCAUUUUCAUCCAGUAUUUUGGAAGGAUACUCUAGCGUUCGGCGUCAACGGUCUGGUACACGGGAGAGGAUCAUUGGGAGGAAAACUCGGAAUUUUCUGUCAACUGUCAUAUGGGAUCAUGGGCAGGGGAAUUGGUUUUCUUUUCUUGUAAAUAUAUCAUAACGAACAUAUUACGCGCAGGUAGCUGCCAGAGUCGCGGACAAGAAGAGUCGGGCUAUGAACAUGAAUGAGAAAAAAAAGUGGGCAGUUAGCCAUUCAUCAUAAA